UUGUUUGGUAGCAUAUACGACUUUGUUAAAUUUCGUUAAAACAUUAGGCCUAAAUUAUUACUUUUGGUUGUUAUGGUUAUGUUGCUAAUACUGAUUAGGCGCAGUAAGGAUAUUCAGAUAUAUUUCUUUACGGUUUACAAAAGUUUCCGAUUUGUUGUGAAUUGUUGCGACCAUUGAGUGAUUUAAUUUGUGCAGUAAUCCCUGUAAUUGGUGUUUAUCAGUAAAUUGGUUGUCAGUCAGUGACUAUUCGCGAACAGAUCCAGUUAGGUGUUUUGGUGGAGAAGGUGAAAUCGAGUGUUUAGCACCUUACCGUACUGGCUGUCACUGACUCUGUCUGAACUUGGGAGUGGCACGCGCCUGAACGCCUGUCUCGCGUGGAACUUUGAGAGGACCUGGCGCUUGGGUUUUAUAUCAACUGCCACGAGCACGCGCGGGUCCAGGGGAACCAAACCGGAAGCGUGUGCCAGGUCGGACCGGCGCGCGACACCCAUUUCUCUCUUUUCUUGUCGACCUGUCACGCAUUCCUGGGACAACGCACGGGGUAGCCAGGCAGCUGUAUGGUCAGCAGGUCCUAUUGUGGCGUCGUAAUCCGGCUGUUCUCUGCGCCAGACUAUAAGAGCGUACCACGAGCCCCCAAGCACACACACACACUCACAGAGUGGACAGCGUCUCCGACACACUCGCUGAGCACACAGGCAACAUGUCUUCUGAUAAAUCUAAAACUGCCUCCCAGACCGACGGGAAGGCUGCCCAGAGCAAGACCUCCGAAAUGGGAAUGAUGAACUACAGGAUGUAUGUGUUCGACCAGGAGAACUUCCAGGGUCGCAUGAUCGAGAUCAACGCCGAGUGCAUGAACGUGUGUGACAUGGGCAUGGACAGAGUGCGCUCACUACGUGUGGAGUGUGGACCUUUCGUGGGUUACGAGCAGAUGAACCUCUGUGGUGAGAUGUACAUCCUGGAGAAGGGAGAGUACCCCCGUUGGGACUCUUGGAGCAACUGUCAGAAGAACGACUACCUGCUGUCCUUCAGACCCAUCAGAAUGGACCCCGAGAAGCACAAGAUCUGCCUGUACGAGGUGGGAGAGUUCAAGGGCCGCAAGAUGGAGAUCAUGGACGAUGACGUCCCCAGUCUCUUCUCCUAUGGCUUCACCGACAGAGUUGGCAGCGUCAUGGUCAGCUGUGGAACCUGGGUGGGCUACCAGUUCCCCGGAUACCGUGGCAGCCAGUUCCUGCUGGAGAAGGGUGAAUACAGACACUUUAACGAGUUCGGUGCCCGCUGCCCACAGUUCCAGAGCGUGCGUCGCAUCCGUGACAUGCAGUGGCACCCACACGGAUGCUACACCAUGACUAGCAGCAAGUGAGGGCCCAGCCAGGAGCGAAAGAGGAGGAUCGGAAGGGAGGGAGAGGGGCGGAAGAGGAAGGAGAGAAGAAGAGACGUCUGAGGUCACGCCUCCACUCCCUCUGAGACGGGAGUGGAGCGGAACGUCCCACCCGGGGAUUCCGUGGGGGGAGGGGAGGAUUGGGGGAGGGAGGAAUGGAGUCUCCUGUGUGUGGGUUUGAUUUGAGCAGGACUGCCUGUCUCUGUGACCGCCUGCUCUCUUUGGACAGGCCACUAACACUCUGGCCCACGCCCCUGAACACCAAAGCCCAUUCCCGGGUCUCCUCUCUCUCUCUCUGCUCUUCUCUUUCUCUCCUGCGCUCCGACUGUGGCUCUUUAAUUUCCUUCCAUUUUUUGUCAUUUUUUGUUCAUUAUUUUUUUUUUCGCCUACCCUCUUCAAAUCAUUCCCCUUCCCCCAGGAGAAUGGAGAGCAAGGGAGAGACGAGGCAGGUGUUAUAGACUGACCUCCUAAGCCCAGCUUAUCUCACUCCAACACUGCUGUACAGAAUCCUGGCUACCUUUUAAAUAAAGUCCCAAAUGCUUGAUUUGAAAAAAA